AUGGAUGCACAAAUAACAAAUAAAGAUGUUGAAGAUAUAAUAAAUCACAUCAAUGAAAAUGAAUUGCAUUUAAAUAAAAAAAUAAAAAGAAAACAUUUCAAUUAUGAAAAUCUAUCUAAGGAAUUUUUAUUAAUAGACCCUACAUAUACACAACAAUACAGUGAAAUAUAUUGCCUUAGAAUAAAAAUAAUGAAAAAUUUAUUAAUGAAGACAAUAGAAAUGUUAAAAGAUGAUAAAAAAAAAGACAAUGAUGAAUAUAAUGUAUUAAAUUAUUUAAAAGAAAUCAAAGCUAAUGAAAAGUGCUAUUGUAUAGGUACACUUUUUAAAAAAAUGCAAUUGAGACCAUCUAUUUUAAAAGAAUACUUAAGUGAAAUAAAUAUCGUUGAAACUUUAGUUAAUUUUUCACACGAAGAAGAUACAUUAUUUUUAGAAGAUGAAACUGCAAGAUUAAGAUUAGAAGGAAAUAUAAAUAGUGAUCAUUAUGUGACUGGAUUAACAUUAAUAGUAAAAGGUCAAGGAAUGAGUAAUGGCUCACUUUAUGUAGAAGAGCUAAUUUAUUCCUAUUUACCAAAAUUAGAGAUACCAAAAUGUAUUAGUAAUGAUGAUAAAUAUAUAUUAUUUGUAUCAGGAUUAUAUAUAAAUGAGUUAAAUAAAAAUAUAAAUAACAUAUCACUCUUAAGGAAUUUUAUAUUAGGAUUACAUGGAGAUAUAAAUAUAUCCGAAAAUCUUAUCCGCUUAAUAAUAGUUGGUAAUAGUUUAAGCAAUUUAGAUAAUGAUGAAACUAAUUUAAAUACAAUUGAUGUAUUCAUUUCUUCUAUAUGUUCUGCCGUAUAUGUUGAUAUAAUGCCUGGAGAAAAAGAUCCCAGUGAUUCAAAUUUACCUCAACAACCAUUUCCUAAUUUAUUUUUUAGAAAAUCCAAAAAUUACAAUUCUUUUCAAUGUGUUACAAAUCCAUAUAUUUUUUCAAUUGAUAACAUAAAUAUUUGCUGUAUGUCUGGUGAAUCUGUUAAUAACAUUUCUUCCUAUUCUAAAAAUAGCAAAAUACAAUCAUUGAAAAUUAUAGCACAAAGUAGAAUUUUAUCACCAACUUCACCUGAUACAUUAGGUUGUUAUCCUUUUACAAAAAACGAUCCAUUUUGUAUACAUGAUGAUAACACAUAUCCUCAUAUUUUUAUUAAUGGGAAUUGUUCUAAAUUAGAAAUAGAAUAUAUGCGAAAUGACAAUAAUGAAAAACAAUUACCACUAUUAGUAUGUCUUCCGAGUUUUCAAAUUACACCAAAAGCACUACUAAUAAAUACAAAAAAUAUGGAUUAUAAAGUUUUAACAUUCGAAGUAGAGAAGAACAUAUAG